AUGAGCGUAUCUGAGAACGUAACAACAGUCUUGACAGGCAUGGACAGUAGAGGUCAUGUCACCAGGACGCUAGCGAUCCCACCAACAUAUCCGAAUCUCCUUCUCGUCUCGCAUGGAUCGAAUGACAACUUCGAUUACGGGUCUGCAGACAUCGCAACCGGCCGGUCUUGCAUUAAAGUAUUUGACAUGACCACUGUUCCUGACGAUGGCUACGACUACCCGACCGGUGGCUACCAUAUGGGGCACGGGCUUCGGAACGAAGUCGGUUUAGCAUUCGACGCUAACGGCAUGCUUUGGGGUGUCGAGAAUUCCUCGGACGAGCUGCAUCGCACUAUUAACGGGGUAUCCGUGGACAUCCAUACCGACAAUCCAGCUGAUGAAAUCAACCACCUCGGGGAUCCAUCCAAAGAGAACACAGACUGGUAUGGCUACCCGACCUGUUACACCGUCUUCAACCCAGAUUCGAUUGCAGACAAGCCAUUCACGAUAGGCGACCAGUUUGUUCUAGAGCCCAACGCGACCUUCACAGACGAGACCUGUAAGACCCGCAGUAUACCACCGCGUCUUGCUCUUCCGGCGCACUCCGCACCCCUUGAUGCGAGCUUCAACAAGAACUUCACUAGCAUGUAUAUUACCCUACAUGGAUCUUGGAACCGCAACCCUUCGAUUGGAUACAAGAUCAUCGAAGUGCCAUUCACCACAGGCGCCAACGGCUUCGGACCGAAAGCGUCCGUGAAAAGUACGCAGGCUUGGGCUGACAUCUUCUGGAACCCGGAUGUGGAUUCUUGCUCGACUACGCAAUGUUUCAGGCCUGUGAGUAUUGCGCAGGAUGGCUAUGGUAGGAUGUAUGUGACUAGUGAUAGCGGGGCGGAGGGGGAGAUGAUUAUUAUUGGAAGGGAGUAG